AUGUCGCGCGUGCUUCCAACUCUUUGCUUGUUGUCUCAAAAGAUCUUUCGAAUGAUUGACAAGAUCCGUGAGCUGCAACAGACGAUCCUGAACAAAGACGACGUAAUCCACGAUUGGUGGACAAGAGCACAGUGGGCCGAGCGAAGAGUUGAUGUCUUGACCGCUGAGAUCGCUGGCAAGGACUCGGAAAUAGCUGAGAAGAACACCAAGAUCGGGGAGCAAGCUGAUGAGAUCGCUGCGCUUAUGGCAGAGCUCGCUGUCGUCAGAGCUGGUCAACAGGCGAAUCGUGGCAGAUCCCGGGGAAUUCCGCGGAGAAGAGCAAGAAGGGUCCGCAGGUAG